UCAAUAGUCUUUCAAUUCAGUUGAAUAUAUACUGUACAGUCCCCUCCAGUGUACCGAACAGGUCACGUGUAUAAUAGAUGUUCAUAUGUACAUGCGGGAGAAAACUGGAGCCUCCUCAAGACCAGUCAGUAAAACAUCAAUAUGCAGCCCACUCUGCAGCUCUCUGCAAGUUUUUGAACGUGAGAUGACAGAUCUCUGGUCACUGUGUAAAUACCGUCGUUCAGAAGUUACAAAGAAAUCAGAGAAAGAGGGACACCAAGAGGGAAGGAGAGUUAUUCAAAAGGUGUUAGUGGAGAGGAGAAAGGGGUGAACAUACAAAAUUAAUGCCUGGUGGAGAGCGAUCGUAAAUGCUUUGAUUAGUGGCUAUAAGUUGUGGAGUUGCGCUGUAGUGAGUCUUGGUUGCGGGGUCCAGGCACCCCGAUCCUGUUGUCACCCCCGCAGAGCACCAAAACAGUAACCGAUCUCCCCUCAACCUCCAGACUCCCGUAUGUGGCCGUAUAACUCCACCACGCAGCACCGCUAGUGUCAGCCGUAGUGAAGCUCCCUCAGAUCAGAGUGGCUCCCACCAGGCACUGCGCAGGACGGACAGAGUCAGUGCGCUGACGGCACUUUCACAUCAUUUCCGUUUCCUUUACCGGAUGUUCGGGUCCGGACCGUUUUACAACAUGCACGUGGGGGUUCUAUAAAGGUUCUCCCGGCGCAACGGGUCCCGAAGCUUGAUCGGGUUGCCCAGGAACCAUGACGUCAUGAACGGAGCGACUUGCUGAUGCACCCGGAAGCCGACUGCCCGGGACUCCGAGAGACACCACAUGCUGCACACACAGGUAUAUAACACAGAUGAAUUCUACUUUCCACAGAAGUCCACCAAACUAUCUUGCAAAACAUCAAUCACAUAUUUCCUAAUCCAUUUACCAUGAAUGGUUCUGUGCAGUCUGCCACAGACAGAGCCUUUGAGGACUUCAACAGGACACAGUUGAACUACAGAAAACUGCAAAUAUCUGCUCAUGUAACAGCUGAGGCAAUGAACAGUAUUAUAUUAAAUAGUACAAAUCACGCAUUUCGAAAGUCAUGUUACUCUAAUUUACAGGUUUGCAAAACAGGCAGAGUUACCAGCUCAAUUCAAAAGAUGUUUAUAAAUUCAGUAUGCUGCCAAGUCUCAAACACAAGAGCAAGCGACAUUGAAAUGGACUUGACAGUAGUGGAAAAGGCACUUCCACAUGGAAUACAAAGUGGAGGCUCCUCACAAUCUAAUGACUCAUAUGAAGACGAUGAUAUUACCGUGGGCUGUUCCUAUCAUCAUUUGGAAAAAAGAAGAUGUAUACUGGAGACCUCUAAAGAAGAUUCAUAUCAAGCUGAACAAAGUGAUCAAGAUUAUUUAUCUGAUGGUUUUGUUCAAUUCUCAUAUAUUCAUGGCAGAACCUAUGGAGAUGAUACUGAGAAUCUCACAUUUAAUGAAUCAGAGGACUCUGAAGAAAGCACUCAUCAGGAAGAAAAUGCUUGGCUCAAAGAAGUGUGCAAUUUGGCUUAUUGGUAAAAAUGGUCCAGUAAUGAUGUUUUUUUUUCAAGCCAAUUUUUUUGUUGACUAAAUGUUGACAUUAUUCAUAGGGCUCUUGCAUAAAUGAUCUCACAUGCUUGUGUGAAUACAUUCUUAUUUUUAUGUUUUGUUGACUAAUGUUGAUAUUAUUGGCAGGUCCCCUGCAUGAAUGUAUCUUUUUUUU